UCGUAGUCAUUAGUUUUGCAGUGUGAGGGAGGGGGCUUGUUUUUAGCAGUCAACAAGGUCGUUCUUUGUGUCAAAAAUUGAGCUUGUGACGAAUAUUCAAGUUUUUAUUAUUUACAUCUGGUGUUUGACUGUUUGUGCGUGGUAACAAAGGUCGUAGUGCGCGUAUGACUGUAAACGUAAUUAGUUUUUAGAGAAAAUUGUAGCUACGGACGUUCCAAUGAGUUUGGGAGGAGGUAACAGCUCAGAGGGACCAAAUGCAGGUGGAAUAUUUGUACAAUUUAACCAAGAUUGCACAUCACUAGUAGCAGGCAGCAGUAGUGGAUAUCACUUAUUUUCAUUAACUCCUGAUGAUGGCAUUGAAGAGAUUUAUGGGAGCCGCUCUGGACAGGAAACAUGUCUGGUUGACAGACUGUUCAGCAGUUCCCUGGUCGCUAUUGUCACAGUAUCUGCUCCAAGGAAGCUGAUAGUAUGCCACUACAAAAAGGGAACAGAGAUUUGUAACUACAGUUACAGCAAUACGAUCCUGGCUGUGAAACUGAAUCGCUCUAGGCUUAUAGUAUGCCUGGAAGAGUCCCUCCACAUUCACAACAUUCGGGACAUGAAGAUCCUUCAUACGAUCAGAGACACGCCACCGAACGCACGCGGUCUGUGUGCGUUGUCGCCUUGUGUUGAUCACUGCUACGUGGCAUAUCCAGGGUCUAGCGCCGUGGGUGAGGUGCAGAUAUUUGACGCUGUUCAUUUGAACGCCAAGUGUGUAAUCAGCGCUCACGACAGCCCUCUAGCCGCUCUGGCGUGGUCUAUGUGCGGGCGGCGAUUGGCCACCGCCUCCGAACGCGGGACGGUUAUACGCGUAUUCGCAGUUCCGGAGCGUACGCGCCUCUAUGAGUUCCGACGCGGGAUGAAGCGCUGCGUGUCAAUCGCCUGUUUGGCCUUCAGCGCUUGUGGCGCUUAUUUGGCUGCCACUUCUAAUACGGAGACUGUACAUGUGUUUAGGUUACAGGAGAACGCCGAAAGAGCGGUAGAAGAUAGCUCCGCAGCUGGCAAUUCCCCAACAGAGCCUGGCUGGGUUGACUGGAUGUCACAGACCUUGUCCGCCGGCUUGGUAUAUCUGCCUGCACAGGUUACGGAUGUACUAAGCCAGGGACGGGCCUUUGCAUCUGCCAAAUUACCCAGGGCUGGGUACCGUGCUGUAGCUGCGGUCACCAACGUAUCCCGUCAAGCGCGUUUGCUUGUAGCGACCUCUGAGGGCAUUCUGUACGUAUACUCGUUAGACCCAACCGAAGGCGGGGAGUGUACGUUACUCCGUACGCACAGUUUGUUGGAGCCGCGAACACCCGCUAACGAUGUCGCCUCGGGAUGCAGUUACGCGGGCGCGCUGCGCGGACGCCUCCCGGAAGACAUGACAGAAUCGGAACGUGAGCACGAGUUAAACACAGCAAUGGCCGGGUCACCACCAAGAGGCUCUUAUGAUAUCCGCGACCCUCGACAUUUCCCGCCCAUGCGCGCUCCCACCGAUACAUCCGCUACCGAAUAGGUCACUCUUGUCACUAAUGUUACUGCAUUACGCCAUUACUAAUAAAAAGUUCAACCAAUGUAAUAAAUACCGUUUCAAAAUUUUGAGAACUGGAGAUAAAUAAUUUUAGUGGAAAAUUUAAUGAUAAUAUUAAACUCGUUAUUAUAUAAUUAAAAUGUUCAUGUAAAUUGUUAUCUAUACAACAUUGUAAGAGGCUCAGCAAUGAUUCGAAAUGCGGUAACAUUUGUGUAUUAGUAUUUUAAUAUUAUUGCAAUUUGUAUUUGAUAAUUAUUAAAGCACUUUGAUGUAACACUUCGUAUACACUAUAAGAAUACAUAAAAUAGAACUCGGGAUGCGUAAGAAAGGAAACAAUUAAUUACAAAUCUUGAAAUAUUUUUUUUGUAUUAAUUAUUUUCUUUUGUUUAAUGAAGUGGUACAAAAUAGAGCUAUUACUACUCCGACAACUGUUUAUUGUUUGUAAUAUCACAAACAUAAGAUAUUUUAUAAGUCUAUUAGCAUGAAUUAUCUAUAGAAAUCGUAUAUACCGAUAAUAAACAGUUACGAAGUAUUUAGUUUUAAUCAAUUUGAUGUUUAAAUUUGCAUUAGAAAAAAGAAUAAAAAAAAUUAACAAUACCUGUAUUAUAUUUAUAAUCUUCCUUUGCAUAUACACAUGACGGGGUGUAUAUAGGAGACAGUGAUUUUGAAUUUAGCUGUAAUUUGAUCUGAGCUCACUUAAUAUCGGAGCGUUGUGUGGGCUCACUUGUAUAUAAAUUGUAAUUAUAUUGAGCGACAUGUAUAUUUUUAUUAUUAGACUAUGCGAUGUGAUAUCGAUUAUGUGUACGGCUAUUUGUGUUUUAGAAUAGUGCUCGUAAUAAUUUUAUAAACACCACAAUUUCUGUACAAGGGGCUGGCAAAGCUACAAUUUGUAAUGCAUAACGCUUAUAAAUGAAAUAAAAUUAAUAAGCAAAGAAGGAUUUUGGAAAUUUCUUCGUUAACCAUAGGUGGUUGAAACAAUUAUUUUUAGUAAUUUUACUGAAACUUUUGUAUCAAGCAUUCGAUAGGCAAAAUUAUUUUAAUAAUGCAAUAGACUGUUAAUUGUGUGUAUGUUUGAGAUUAACGUUCGCAAAAAAGUUUGAAAAAUUUGUAAAUAAAAAUAAGCGGACUUAUAUCGGAUAUAUUUUAGUUGCGUUGAGUUUUACGAAUAUAUAUUUCUUCGUGUAUAAAUGUUACACGUAGACAGGUUUAAAGUUUAAUCUUUGGACAAUUAUAGUACAUAUUGAAUAAUGUAUGUAAAAACGUAGCCCAAAAUAGGAUACAUACUGUUGUUUUAGCAAAAAAUAGUUGUCAUCCGUUGUAUUAGUCUAAGAACAUUUCGUAAUUACAAACACUCUGGGUCUAAAUCUAAAUUUCGUAGCCAUUACAGUAAAGCAGAUCUUUGUUUUGUUGUUCAAGACCAUAAACCGACGGCUCUCUGUUAAUUCUUGUGGCUUUUGAGCGCUGUAAAUGUCCCUGUUGCUGCUUAGAUACAAAAUUGUACAUAUUAAAUAAAUAUUUUUACAAAACACCAA